AUGGAUUUAAUACCUGAGUGUCUUAAUGAUUUGUUUUACCAUGUUUUUUGGGAAAACACUAAAGAACCUACGCUCAAAAAAUUUUUGGAUUUUUGGCUUCGUUCCGGUGACUUAGAGGAUAUGCAAACUGAGCAUAAUAAUUAUAAGAAUGAGUUGUUAACUAUUAGUUCGCAUUAUGCCAAAAUAUCUGAAAUUGGAGAAAAAUAUUGGAAAAGACUGCUUGUUUGUUGGUGUACACAUCUUCCAAUGAAUGAUCCUUGUAGACUACCUUUCAAUCUGCUUGUUCAUAAGGAAAAGACUGCUUGUUCGUUUGUGAGUGCUAAAAAGACAAAGCAAAUAAAAAUCUUUUGGGAGAUGCAUGAACAGAAGGAAAAUAUUAACAUGAAGAGCAAGUUACUUGAAGAACAAUACAAAUUGGAUCUUAUGCAGGCUCAGGCAGAAAUGACAGAAGUGAAUGGAAUUGUACACACUGCAAUACAAUUAAACAAAGGUACUCUUUCAAACUUAGAGAAUAUUGUUUCUACAAUUGCAUCUGUGAAAUCUGAAAUGAGGAACAAACGAGCGGUUUUCAUUGAGCCUAAAUCAAUGUUUAAUGAUGUUCUAAUGAAUCUUGACAUUGUUAUGGAGAAGCCAUACAAUGGUGUCUUCAACUACAAACAGCAUUACAUUCUUUUAUGGAUACAAAAUUUGUAUAAGCGAUUCAUACUCAAUUUCAAGGCGCCAUUAAAUAAACUCACGGAUUCUAAGCAGUCAGAGUUCUCUUAUCGUGAAGAUUUUAUUUCACCAAUAUUAGUACAAGCAUUUGAUGAUUUAGAUACUAUUUGA